AUGAGACCAACAAACACCACCGCUGCCGCUGCCCCUGCCGCUGCCGCUGCCGCUGCCGCUGCCGCUGCCGCUGCCGCUGCUGAUGGAAGCCUGCAACCAGCCCCAUACGGUCUAUACGCAAGUAUAGCAGCGAUGCUGGGUAUCAUAAUCUUUGCAUUCACAAUCGUCGUCUACUCCAUUUGCAAGAAGUCAUCAGCCAAUUACUCGUCACAUGGUGAAACAAAGGAAAAUCUGGCAAACCCCACGACUCAACCGACGGACACCACCGACCCAAAAGUGGUGGUUAUCAUGGCCGGAGAAGACAGGCCCAGGUUCUUGGCUAAGCCCGUCCCUCCGAUUGAACUCAGGCAACAUGUCUUCUCCAUCACUUAG